AUGGAGGGAUCCAUCGACGAGGAUCCCAAGGGCUCGACAGCCGUCCCCACUGGUAGGGCAUUUUAUCGCCUUCUUUGCCGCCUCGGGGAAGGGGAACUGUUGAGGGGAGGGGGGGAGCGUUUUUGUUGUAGGUUCUUGUUUUGUUCGGAUCACUUUCUAGAAAAUUGAAGAAGGUUCGUUGCGUCUGAGGUUUUGAUAUCGACGGACUCCGCUUCUCCCAUAAUUUGCCUGAAAGGCUGGCUAAGCUCUAGAAUUCUUGGAGUAAGAACAUUUCGAGUUUCACGGAUAGGGUCUGGGUCUGGGGCUUUGUUUUCCCGAAACAAUGGUGGCCGCCAAGCCUUUUUCGCUGCAGCAAAUAUUUUCCGCUAUCUUACUGUCACCUUCGGUAGAGAUGCUACAACAUAUUUAUUUCACCUUCUGCGUCGAUUUCUCUAGACUUGUUUUUGGUGCUUUAGUUUGUGAUAUCCAUUUUCACAUUUAUGUAGCCACUGUAAAUUUCAGUGGGCGUAUUUCAAAUAUAUUAGUGCUUUAUAUAAUACCAAAUUUUACCGUCUGGCUGGCAAAGUACUAAAAUUGGAUGUUAAUUUUUCACUGGGUUUUAGUGGGAAGAUGUGAACGAAUAGAAAGUAACCUGAAGCGAUUCAUCAGUGGUUGCUUGUAACACUCUUUUAAUUGAAAAGUCUCUGGAGGUUAUGGUUGCUUUGUAUGAAAUAAAAGGAAUGCAUGAAAGUUACCGUGAAUGAAGAAAAGGAGGAUAGAAAGCAUUGAUGGAUUUAGGAAGAUGUUGUGCCAAGUCUCUCCGAUAUUUUGUCCUUGUUCCUAAUCCUCCUGUCCUUCAGCUAUGGUAAUGGCCCCAGAAUAUAGAUGGUAGAUGCGGAGAUACAUCAACAGAAAGGAACGUAUAAAUUGCCAUCUACCUAGCAUCAUGCAUUUUUUUAGUAGCUACUGUUGAAAUUAAUCAAAGAUUAGGAUACGUAAACGAUUUGCAAUUCACAUGUAUGCUUCCACGUAUGUUAAUUUUUUUUUGGAAUUUGUGUCACCUAAUGCAGCAUGUCUGAAUUGCUCAUUUCGUAUUAUGUUUAAAGACUUCCAAAUUUCGUACCGACUCUGGACGUUUCUCUGCAGCUGUUGCUGAUGAACAUCUGCCUAGAUCGAAGACUAUGCCCAAGGAUACAAAAGAAGGUGAAAACUCAGAGGCAUCUACAAGUCGUCAAAACUUGGGAAGAUCAAAAACUGAGAGGCGGAAGCAACAUGUUGAUUCAGCUGCUCAAAUAUUUGACGAGAACAUUUCUGACAAGAAGAAGGUUUGAACUGUUAUUCUCUGGGGCUGUUGCCAUCUGCAGGGAUAAAUAGUCUUUCUCUAUCCUGCUUAAGCUUUAACCUUUCUGAUUUAUAGGAAAGCAGUGAAAACCAACGCCGCAUUAAUAAAAAAAGGCAUUAAAUUUUCGGGGAGAAGACUUCAUCGCGAAUUCAUAAAAAGGAAUUCGAUUCCAUAACUAAUGCCACUAACUGAACCGUGUCUGGUGACCCAAUGUGCCUAUCAGAAUCCCAAACAAAUAAAAGUGAAAAUGACCACCCUUUUUGACUUUCUGAAUCAAUUAUGUUGAUGAACAGUAUCCCCAGUUCGCUGCAAAAGCUCAGUCCCCCAAGUAACCCAAUCUAUUAUUUAUUUCAUGGAUCGAUGGCAGACCCCUCAAUUAUUGGAUUUUGCGAUGUUAUCCAUCUUUUUUUCAGGAUAAUAAUAAAAGUUUAAUCUAAUAUUACGAAUCAAAUUUUAAUCAAAGUUUGUGGUUUCUGAGAGAUGGAUUGAUGUUCUUGGCAGCAUGCUUUAAAUUCAUCUUCUCAUUAAUUUUUAUUUCCUGCAAUUUUGGAGAUGUUUUUCGUGCUACACAAAGUUGUUGAUUUGAGCUCCAAUAUUUCAGCUUAAGAUCUUAAAUCGCAUUGCAACAGUCAAAAGAGAUGGUAGUGUAGUGUUUGAAGUACCAGAGAGUGUCAAAGCAGGGUCGCUUGAUCUUGGGUCUGAGGACCUCAGUGGCGAGGUUGCUGAUGAAGAAACUUUGGACGUGACUGAUAUACCUCCGUUACAAAUAGUAAUGCUUAUUGUGGGGACACGGGGAGAUGUACAACCAUUUAUUGCCAUUGGUAAACGACUGCAGGUUGUUUCCUCAUCUCUAUUUUUUCUUCACAUGGUUAUUUACGUUCCAAAUUUUGUGAUAUAAAUUUUUGAAGAACUCUUGAGGAGAUGAAGGAGAAGAUUAGAACGAUGGACAAUGAGUGAAGAACUCUGGGGAAACAACAAGGGAACUGGCCGAGCCAUGGGGUCGCAGCAUUUUGGGAUUUACCUCAUAAAACAACUACAACCUCACUAUAGAUCUAUCUAAUGGCAACUUAUUACUGGAUGCAAGCAGCCCUGUGGUGUCAUUGUUCAACAAGGGUAUAAGUUUCUACUGAAAAAAUAUAUGUGUACCUUCCUGGUCAGCCAAACCAUAAUGGAUAGUUUUUGCACCAUAGUAUUUGUUCUGGACGCUCAAUAACCUGGCCAAGUUGACCACCUUCUUUUGACAUGUUUUGUCAUUGCUGAAGAGAAAUUUUGGCCCCAUUUUUCUGACUUGUCUCCUAUUACCAUGUGGUAAGCCUGGAAGUGUUGCGGAUGAGAGACAGAUUCUACACACAUGCAUGCACACGUACCCGUAUACACAGAUAUAUGUAUACAUAUUUGUAUAAAUUCAGAGAGAGAGAGAGAGAGAGAGAGAGAGAGAGAGAGAGAGAUGGGUCAUCUCAGAAGAGAAAAGAUAGCGUUAGGCUAGUUUGGUCUCACGGCAUGCUAUUGAAAUGCUGUUGACGUGAUUAAAACGUUGUGGACAUGACAGAAAGAAGGGUGUUAUGACCUAAUUAAGUUUUUUUGUUAAAUAACAUCGAGUAAAAAAAGACCAGCACUCUGGUUCAUCUGCUUCUUUUGAAAAGCACGUGAAGAAAAGAGGACCUCUGAUUAUCAUUAUUGAACUUAUUUCAUAUUUAACGCCCCUAAUUUAUCUAUCAAGUUUAAUUAGUUUUACGUUUAAUGUGAAAUAUGAAAAUAUGUACAAAGGGCCACAGUUUUACAUAUUUAGUUCAGUGGUCAGUUUUUUUCUUGAUGGCUAUUACCACAUUUGUUGUAUCUCACGAAUCUGCAUUUUCUAAAUCGAGAUACUUCACCUCAAUCCUACAAGAAUAUACUCGAAUGAGAAACUGAUGUGAUUGUAUUUGUCAUAUUUGUUAUUCUGAUAAUAGCUACAAGUGCACUUCUCUUUCUUUACCUGAUAACUAUUGAUGUGUUUGCAUUUUUUUUAAUAUUUUUCCUUAUGUUCAUGCAGUUAGAGCAAUUAUUUUGUUCCAUCCCUUCAAUCAUGUUUCGUAGUUCAUUGGACUUCCAUAAAAAGAAAGUUGUUUCCUUUGCCAACUCAUACGUGAUUUUCUUUCAGGACUAUGGCCAUCGUGUAAGACUAGCAACUCAUGCAAAUUUUAAAGAAUUUGUCUUGACCGCUGGUUUGGAGUUUUACCCCUUGGGGGGUGAUCCUGUUGUUCUUGCUGAGUGUGAGUUACUAACUGUAUUCUUUUUUUUAGGCUAGUAACAUGAGACCACUGAAAGAUCAGCUGACAUUAAUUUUCAUUGCAUGGCUUUUUUAUUUUUUUAUAGACAUGGUAAAAAACAAAGGGUUUUUACCAUCAGCUCCAUCAGAAAUUCCAGUACAAAGAAAGCAAAUGAAAAAUAUCAUAUUUUCUUUGCUCGCUGCAUGCAAGGAUCCUGAUGAUUCUGGCAUUCCUUUCAAGCCGGAUGCAAUAAUUGCCAACCCCCCUGCAUAUGGUGCGUUUAUCUGUCAUUAUCCUUUGCUUUGGUUAUUAUUAUCAUUGUUUUAUUUCAUUUUGAAUUUUAUUGACACGAACCGCUCAUAUGAUUGAAAACAUAAAAUUUAUUGGGAUGUCAAAUGUGGUAGCAUUUGAUCUUUGUUCUAUCAACUCCUGCUAAAAUUUAUUAACUUCAAUUGUGAAGCAGGAUAAAGAAUUUACAUCUUUUUGUAACAAUGUGAGUUAUCAAAUAGAGAAUGUAUUCAGCAUGUUUGUACUUUAACUCAUGUUAUUUAAUUCUCCUGAAGAAAUUGUAUCAAAAUCUUGGCGUGUGUAUCCAUUAUUGGAAUCUGAAUUUUUAACGUUCACAAUAUCCUUUUUAAGAAGCACAAGUAUUAUGUCUACAAAAUAGCACAUGUGUAUCCUUUUGUGGUGUACUUUUUAAAAAAAAUAGAAAUUUGUAUCUCUUCAAAAUGGCACAUGUGAAUAUCGUAAAAAUAUGUUUUAAAAUAAUCACAAUUGAUUGAUCUUUAAAGAGGCAACUGAGAAUCCUGUCAUAAUAUCCUUUUUUAAAAUUACUAUUCGUACAUGUUAAAGAUCGUGUUUAUCUUUGAUCAUCUCCGAAUGCCUCCCUUCUUUCCUUUCUGCGCCAGCAGCGUACACGAGAGAGAUACAGGAAAAAGAAGAAGGCCAAAGCCCCAAAUUCUAUUAUUCACAAAUGCUUACAUGCUGAUUGGUGUUUAUACCAACCGGCUGUUAUCAAAUGGGAGAGGCUGAACCGGUCUGAUUCAGUUUGAAUCGGUUCAGCCUAUGGUUUUAUUACAAGGUACAGUGGACAAGAAAGUAAAGGACUAACACCGUAAAUCGAAAACAUAUUUCUAACAGUACAUCUUCAAAAUAUCACUGGCGAAUUCUUUCUUUUGUUUAAAAUCAUGACCUGGCGAGCUGUUCCUGGCACUUCAUCACUCUUGUUGCAUUUUGAUAUGUCAAGAUUCUUCAUUCUCUAUACUUUGAGUGAUGUUCCUCCAUUCCAAGCAGUCGGUAGUUCUCUCCUAGAUGUCUUCUUAAUCUUUUGGUCGUGUUUUCAUCUAGUGUCUUCUUCGUGUCAACUAUUGAGGAAUAAAACAAGAGUCUCAUUAUUUCCGUACUUUUUUCGUUGAAGACAAUCUUUACUGCCUCAAAUGAAUCAUCAUGUCCUGGCUGUCCGUCAAAAAACUUUUCCUCUCUGUCCUCCCUAUGUAAGUCAUAUCUUUCAAUUUUCGCCCAGAUCGUGUUGCUCUCUACAUUCACGUUACAGAGAAGAAUAAAUAAAAUCGCGUUUUAUUUUGUUGAGAGGAACAAUUAAAUGCUUCUGUUUCAUUUAGCUCUAAACACCAUCCAUCUUUCCAACUUUAGGAAUUUCCUCUUCGGGAACAUGAUCAAUCAUUAGCCCUUUUUUUGUAUUAUUGAAAGUCUUUGCCUAAAAUAUCUCCUUAUCCCUCAUUAGCUUCUUAGAUUUUUGAGCGUUCUUUUCAGGACUUGAACAAGCAGAAGAAUAGGCUAGUGGUUGCUAUCGGUACAAAUGGGCAGAUGAGGCCCUGCUAAAAAUAAAUGGGUCAAGAAUGUUCCCAAUUAAAGACAUGCUAAUGAUGCUCUUGAUGUGAAAAUAAAUAAUGAAUGCUAAUGGAUCUUUACGAUGUUUCCAUUAAAUUAUGAUGUUUAUACAAUUAUCAUGAAAAUUGGAAAAUAUUUAGAAGAAUAUCUUUUCGUAAAUUUUAAUCUAUAAAUACGUUGAGAUUUUCUUACAAACCUAAGUACUUCGCACAUUGAAGUUUGGGCAUUUCUAUUAUUCUUUGUGAUUUCAGAUAUUUGCGACAUUCUGAUAUGUCUUUAAUUAUGUAAUUCUCGUGAUCACUGCUGUGUUUCACGGUUCUAGUUACUGAUUAUGGGAACUCACUGGAGUCUUUGACCGUCUAGUGUCGCAUUUGGGUCACCUCUGGGCCCCACCCCUUUUGGGUGGCGGCCAGUUGGUAGCCUGCCUGACCAAAAUAUUAGAAAACAUGGGUCAGGGGUCCAUUUGGGCUCCUGAUGUAGUUAAUCCAUGCACAUUCUUUACUAUACUAUAACAAUAUUUUGGAAAAAAAAUUCACCACCAAUCAACGCAUAUAUCUUUUUGUAUGAUUGUAAUCUUUAAAAAAUGACUUAGAAUCAUGUCUAGAGAGUAUUGUUCACAGAGGCAGGGAAUUCAGGGCCGGUCCAGUUUUUGCUUGGAGUUUGAAGGCCUUGAAUGUGCAGCUUGUAUAUAUUUAUUUUAUUUCUUCAUCCCGGUUUACAUUUCAUGCGUUAUUAUUGGUUGGCUUAGACCCUUGUGAUUAAUUAUCAUUGUUUAAGAACAUAAAACAUGUCACAACCUAAAUUUUUGAGUUUCUUCCACAUGUAUAUCCUAUUUUAAUUUGCAUCAUUCAUGGAACAUUGUUUGUCUCCCAUUUCUUCUCCUGCCAAGGGCUCUGCCAUGGAUAUACAUGUCUCACAUGUAUAUCCAGGUGAAAUUUGUAAUAUUUGUAUUUCAUGCGCUGUUGGACAGCUUGACUUCAUCUCCUGACGUGGACAAAUGCUUGUUCAGGGCAUACACAUGUGGCUGAGGCGCUAAAAAUACCGAUUCAUAUAUUUUUCACUAUGCCUUGGACGUAAGUAUUCCAAAUUAACUUUAUAUGAGUGUAUUCUAUUUUUUGUUGAUGCCACUAGAUGUGUAUAUUAUGUGAUCUUCUGGUCCAGAGUCAUCUCUGUAUAACAUAAGACCGGAAAUUUAGCUUAUUUUUUCUUUAGUUAUGAAGCAUGUGUAUGUGAACUUGUAUUUUUAGCAACUUUAUUGUUAUCUUAUUUAUGUCGCUUCCUUGUUUUGCUACCAGGCCCACUGCUCAGUUUCCACAUCCCCUUUCCCGUGUUAAACAGCAAGCUGGAUAUAGAGUGAGAUUCCAUUCUUCUAGUGCAUGUUCCUUCAAUAGAUCUAUUUUUUUAGUAUUCUAAUGGGUAUGCGACCAAAAUUCAAAGUGAGAUGUGGUAGGAAAGCUUGUAUCUUUUCACGUCUGUCAAUUGAUUUGUAGAUUUUUUGCCACAUUGACACCUAAAUUUUAGGUAGAAUCACAUCAUUCUCAAGUUCCAGCAAGUUCCUCUUGUUUUUUUUGACGCGUCAGAUCCCGAAUUAUUUCCUGUUCUUCUUGUCUACCACGCGACAUGAUAUUAUAUCAUGUCCCUAAUUGUUUUUCUGAACUUUUUUUUCGAGGAAUUCAUGCCCCAUAAUAAUAAGUACUUUCUUCGUCUCCCUCCUAAUUAUGAACUAUUUGGCUGAUUUUUUGUUUGGCUUCAGCCUUUCUUAUGUCAAGGAGUUUCUACCGGGUACUAUUGAAGUUAAAUCAUUUUGAAAGGGAAUCUAUUUUUGUUAUGGUGGUUCUAAAUCAUUGUCGCUGUGAUUUAUCAAAAGGUUCUUAAUGAAAUGAUCAUAAAAUAAUAAGAAACUCGCAUCACUUUCUUACAUCGUAGGAAUGAAUCUAGCCAUUUGCCAUCUGAUGAUUAUAUUUGUCAUAUGGUUUUAGAGACUCCAAGGCAAUCAUUCUAUAUUGGUACACUGUUUUGGAUCAUUUCAGCAUUAGAGACUCCUACUCGUACCCCUAAAGUUGUCCAAGGUUUAUCGUAUAAGAUUCAAUGUGUUUGCAUUGUUGUUUAUAUUCGUUCAUUUAAUCAGAUUGCUAAUGGUAUAUCAAGGAAUUCAGUUCUUUGAUUAUCUAAUUUUCCAAACAUUUAAUAUCUUUGUUUGAUUUUAAUAAAUCCUUAAAGGUUUUAUGAAGCACUAGAUAAGUUUUGGUGGCCAAAAAUAUUCAGAGAGAAGUAAGAAGAAAAAAGAAGAAUCUAAAGUAGCUGAGUCUUGGAUUUUUUUGUACAUGUAGAUAUCCAAAAGCCAACGAGAAUUUUUUUUUUCUAUUUCACAUCAUCUCUAGAAAAAUUUGAAAUUACUGAAACUCGGACUUAUGUGAAACAGAAUCUCUUAAUUUCUCCUUUUCUCUGUAUUUUUAGGGCCCGACUCCUAGGAGCCGGAUUGGUCUGAUUCCGAUGUGCCUUAUUAAAACAUUAUUUCUGAGAGUUUUGUUGAUGAAUUUAUAUGGGUGAAAAUAUAGUUGGUAUGAUCCGACUCAGUUCUUGGAAUAUGAGUGUUCUAAAGGAUUCAUAUUUAAGCACUGCAAUACUCAUGUUUUUAUGUAUAAUAUCUGGUUGAAUCCCCUGCAAUAGUUUAUGUUUCCCUCGUCUUCUGAUAGCAUACGACUCUUCCUAGUUUCUUGGUUAUACGGACUGCAUCUCAGAUUAAUGACAUAGACUAUUCCCUGAAUUCAACAAGUGAAAUUCUUACGUUUAUAGUUGUUUAGACUGCCAAAGUUUAUCAUUUAAUUGGAAUAAUCUUCACCUAUUAUUUAUUUAGCUCAAUCUCCUGCAGCUUUCGUACCAAGUAGUUGACUCAAUGAUUUGGCUUGGAAUACGAGAUAUGAUAAAUGAUUUCAGAAAGAAAAAGUUGAAGCUUCGACCUGUCACAUAUUUAAGUGGCUCUCAAGGAUCUACGUCAGAUAUUCCUACGGGAUAUAUUUGGAGUCCUCAUCUUGUCCCCAAGCCAAAAGGUUAGUGAAUUUCCAUACAUAAAUGAGAUGUUCAAAGAAUAUCAGUUGGGAAAACGAAAAAUGGUGCAUUCCUAACCACGUACGCCAAGCAUCAAUUUAGAUUUCAUCUUUUUUGACCUGUCAGCACUUAAUUAUGACAUUGAUUAUGUGGAGUUCUAUGUGGGACAUUAAUGAAAGACUCAUUGUGACCGUGAUUUUCGUGUGUGAUAUUUUGUUCACGUAAAAAUGGAAUUUUAGUAAUGGGCAACCAUUAGAAAAUAUGAAUUUGGUUGUCAGUUCUCUAGACUGCGAAAUUUCUGUGACGUUUUAAAGUAAAAUUUCCCCGCUAAAGGGCCAAUUUCAAGUGGGCAUCACAAACAAAAUUUGAGAAUUCUAAAGUUAAAUAAUUUACUAGCGUUCUUUGAUGGUCACGAAAAUGAAAACUUCCUUUAAUUACUGUUUAAAAAUUAUAAUAGGCUAUCAGUGCCAUUAUUGGUGACCCUGGAGAACAUGAGGGUGAGGAGGUUCAAUUUUGGGAAAUGGCCUGACUUAUUCUGUGGCAUACUUGCAUUAUUUUAUUAAUUAUAUUUCAAUAUUUUCCUCCUAGUUUUAUGGUUUGAGAUGGUGCUGGGAGAUCUAAAUAUCAUUCGUCAGUAUGUUGAUCUUUAACUCUUAUGUGAAAUUUCGAUUGCUGAUGUCCAAUUUCUGGAUGCCUGUAGUGAAUUUGGUUUGCUUUCUUAUGUGCUUUUUUAAAACCCAUUUCUCUAUGGUUUUUUUACAGAUUGGGGACCCAAAAUCGAUGUUGUUGGUUUUUGUUUCCUUGACCUGGCAUCAAAUUAUGAACCUCCAGAAUCACUGGUGAAAUGGCUUGAAGCUGGGGAGAAGCCUAUUUAUAUUGGAUUUGGUAGUCUUGUGAGUGUCACUAUUCUCACUCACUAUGGACAUUUUGAUAUUUUCUUCAUAUCUUGAACUUCGGGCUGUGCAUUUUGGUCAAUUUUCCCUAAAUAUGGAGAUAUAGGAAUACUUUUCAUUGUCCUUCAGAAAUGUUUGAAGAAUUAGUUCUAUUAUUCGCUUACAUUAUUUGAUUUAGUAAUCCAGGCCAUAUAGCAUCUUAGCUAGAUUUUGUUCCCUUCGCAAGUUGGUUACAAGUAAUGUUUUCCGGUUUGCACAUGCCAAGACUCGAGUUCAUAACGGUCAAACCUAUUAUUAGAUGUCCGCAUAUAAAAAAUCGAUUUUUUGUUCAUUUUUCCUUGAUUUUGGAUGGUGUCAGAAUCCAUCCAUAAGAAAAGAAGUCGAGUCAAUGUCUAAGAAUAACAGUUUGUAGGAACUUCUCACAGGAAUAUUGCUUAUUGAAGAAGUGGGACAAAUGUACAACACUGUCAAUCUGGUCAACUUCAUUUUUAACUUUAUGUAUGGAGACAUAAUAAAUGAUUUCAUUUAUUUAUAAAUUCAGUCAAAUGAAUUUUAGUAUAUGUGGCAACAUCAUUUAAAGAAAUGUUUUCCAUAUUUUUUGGUGUUUGGAAAUAUAAUAAAAGAUUAAUAAUAAUAAUCAAAUUUGGAUAAUCUUAUAUAAAAAAGACCAAUGUUAAAACUCAUAGGUAACCUUACCCGUUGGUAGUAUAGUUACUUUUGACAGGUCUAUCAUGUGCCUAGGGGCAAAUAACCCUGUGAAGAUUACCAAACACCUCUAGAUCUAUCUCAUGCCAUAAUGAUAAGUUACAUCAAGCGCCUAGAUAUUGAAUGAGAACUAAAAUAAUGAUAGAUGAUGAACAUGGUGGUUCCACUACAGGCGACUUAUAGUUUGCCUACUGAAGGCAUGAAGAGGGUUUAUAGCACCACGUAAGGACUCUAUCAAUCAAAUUUUGAGUUGUCUUUAUGAGUUCUAUGGUAAAAUGGGAUCGGCAUGUUUUAAUAAUUAAAUUCUCUUGUGUAUACAUAGUGGUUAAGGUUUCUAUGCUUAGUUUAAAACUUUUCUGAGUUCUGUGACAGCCUGUCCAAGAACCCCAGAAGAUGACAAAUAUCAUUGUGGAGGCAUUAGAGAAGACUCAACAGCGGGGCAUCAUUAAUAAGGGUUGGGGUGGUCUUGGAGACUGUAAGUGCUUAUUAUUCUGGGGCUGACCACCGCAUUGUGCUGAUUCUCUGCUUAAUCUUAAAUCUCUUUAUUCUUGUGAUGUGGGGCAAUAUGUUUGAUGGAAUCUCCUGUUCCAGUGGCAGAACCCAAGGAUUUUGUGUACCUGCUGGACAAUUGCCCCCAUGACUGGCUAUUUUCACAUUGUAAGGCCGUGGUAAGCCAUAUACGUUUUGUGCUAGUCCGAUGGAAUGCCCUCCUACCAUCCAUUAACUCAUUGACACUACUUUGCAUUUUAUCCUAAGAUCCGUUGCCUAAUCUUUGCCAUAUUUGGAAGUUUUUCUUCCUUUCGAUCCAGUGCAUAUGUUCUGAAACGGAUGAUAUUUCAUAUGGAUGUCAUGUUAUAUGGAUGUUACUCUGAGACAGAGUAAUCCAUAUAAGAUGUUAUUUUUUCAUAUACCGCAGAAUUUUAAUUCGUAGGCUAACAUCUAACCUGCUGCUUCAUCAAGAGAGAGGGUAAAUUAUAUCGCAGUUCUUUUCUUUUGCAUGGCCUUUUUUCCCCGGGAAAUUUACUAACCUUAAAUGGAAAUACUCUAUAAUUCUGUGUUGUUCCGAUUUCUCUUGUGAUUCCAUGCUGGUCUCCUUAAAUGGAAAUACCUUAAAUGGAUCGGCAUUAUGGUCUGCCUCUGGGCUCUUCCUCAUGAAGCCUCUGUGCCUUCAGGUGCAUCAUGGCGGCGCUGGAACAACAGCUGCCGGUCUCAAAGCCGCUGUAAGCAUUCUCAUUAUUAGUAUUAUUAUUACUAUCAUUACUAUUAUUAUUGCCAUGUUGGAUGAUAUUGGAUUUAAGAUGCGUCUGUCUAUUGACGGUGAGUCAGCUUUUCAUGAUGCAGUGUCCAACAACGAUCGUGCCUUUCUUCGGGGAUCAGCCCUUUUGGGGAGAGCAGGUCCAUGCUAGAGGCGUUGGCCCGUCUCCCAUCCCCGUCGACCAGUUCUCGCUGCCAAAGCUGAUCGAUGCGAUAAAUUACAUGCUGGAUUCCAAGGUGAGACUGUUCGUCGGUGAAUCAUUAUCAUAUAUAUAUAUAUAUAUAUAACCCUUCAUUAGCAACAUUCAUGUAACCAUUAUCAUAUAUAAUAGCUCGAUUAAAGAACCCUUCAAGAAUCUGGCCCCUAACCCAAUGAAGGAAACCCAUCAAGAACACACACACCUUAGAGAAGAAGUGAGGCCAAACUUAGAGUUUGCAGCAUGGACAAGGAUGGGAUUUAUGAGUGAGAAAUAUAAGUUUCCCACCAUCAGAAUCAAUGGGUUUACUAUGGCAAAAACUACUCAUGAUUUUCUUCUUCUUCUUAUUAUUAUUAUUAUUUAUUUUUUUUUUUUGAUUUUCCUGGUUCGAAUCAAAGAGCUUUGCUGGUGGUGAUGAAUAUAACAUAUAAUCUACUUCUUGGGAUUGUGUUAUUUGACAGGUGAAGGAGCGUGCUGUGGAGCUGGCGAAGGCCAUGGCGUCGGAGGACGGGGUGAAGGGGGCGGUGAUGGCCUUCUUCAAGCAUCUCCCCAAGAGGGAGCCGUUGGACCCCAAACCGUCGUCGCCCCCCUCUGAUUUCUUCAAGCCCUGUUUCGGCUCCAUUGGGAGAUGCUUCGGCUGCUCCUGA